CCUGAAAUCGACGACGUACGGGCACUCCCCGUGCCAACCACCACCAAAACCAUGCCCCUCGACACCUCAACAACCUACCCACUCACAAAACUCCGCCUGGACGGUCGACGAUGGAACGAACUCCGACUCCUCCAAGCACAAAUAUCCACCAACUCAGCCAGUUCAGGAUCCUCAUAUCUCUCCAUGGGCAACACUUCAAUAAUGUGUACCGUCCACGGUCCUCACGAGACCAGCGGCGCAGGUAGCGCGACCGAGGCUCUGGUCGACAUAGACGUGAAUAUAGCCGGCUUUGCAGGCGUGGAUCGUAAAAGGAGGGCUGGUGGAAGUGAUCGACAAUCAUCCCAACUUUCGACAGCACUCAAAUCCGCUUUCCAGUCACAUCUACAUACAUAUCUCUACCCGCACAGCACAAUCACGGUACAAGUCUCUGUCCUCUCGUCGGACGGCUCCCUUUUCGCCGCUGCUAUAAAUGCAUGUACACUCGCUCUCGUGGACGCUGGUAUCCCCAUGCCAGGACUCCUCUGUGCCUGCACAGCGGGUAUGAGUGGGAGCGCAUCUACGCCGCGCGACCUUUCCGGAUCAGACCAAGACCAGCUAGACCCUUUACUUGAUUUAUCCUUACCUGAGGAACAGGAGUUGCCGUUUAUUACAAUUGGGACUACGACAGCGUUGCCUGCUGGUUCUGCGGUGGGGGCGGAAGAUGAUGUGGAUGAUGAUAUGAAAGUUUCGGUGUUGCAUAUGGAGACCAGAGCGCAUACGUCGUAUUUAGAUGCUAUGCUUGCGGUGGGGAUUGAUGGUUGUAAACAGAUUAGGGAGAUAUUGGAGGGGGUGAUCAAGGGGUCUAAUGCGGGUGUUGCGCCGGUUUAUGGGGGUGGGGUGGAAAGUGAUAAUGACAUGGAUAUAUGA